UGGAAGCGGCGGGGCGUGCGCGGCGGGCGGGCGCAGCGCGGCGAAGCAGGACCGGGAGCUGUCUGCGGUCAGGAGCAGCAAUGUCCGUGAAGGUGGCGGCCCCGGGAAGCAUGGGGCUGGGCCCGGAACACCUGAGCCCUGAGGAGCUGGUGCGACAGACGCGACAAGUGGUACAGGGGCUGGAGGCCCUGCGGGCAGAGCACCGGGGCCUGGCCGGGCACCUGGCGGAGGCCCUGGCGGGACAGGGCCCGGUGGCUGGCCUGCAACUGCUGGAAGAAAAGCAGGAGGUGGUGAGCCACUCACUGGAGGCCAUCGAGCUGGGGCUGGGUGAGGCCCAGGUGCUGCUGGCCCUGUCGGCACACGUGGGCGCGCUCGAGGCUGAGAAGCAGCGGCUGCGAGCGCAGGCCCGGCGGCUGGCCCAGGAGAACGCGUGGCUGUGGGAAGAGCUGGGGGAGACGCAGCAGCGCCUGCGGGCCAGCGAGGAGGCAGUGGCCCAGCUGGAGGAGGAGAAGAGCCACCUGGAGUUCCUGGGGCAGCUGCGGCAGUAUGACUCGCCUGCGGAGAGCCAGCAGCCCGAGUCCCCCCAUCGGCAGGACAGCCUGGCCUCCCUGUUCCCCAGUGAGGAGGAGGAGAGGAAAGGUCCCGAGGCAGCGGGGGCCAUCUCUGCUCAGCAGGGUGGCUACGAGAUCCCGGCCCGCCUUCGGACCCUGCACAACCUCGUGCUCCAGUACGCGGGGCAGGGCCGCUACGAGGUGGCGGCACCCCUGUGCCGCCAGGCCUUGGAGGAUCUGGAGCGGAGCUCGGGCCACUGCCACCCUGACGUGGCCACCAUGCUCAACAUCCUGGCGCUGGUGUACCGGGACCAGAACAAGUACAAAGAGGCCACAGACCUUCUCCAUGACGCCCUGCAGAUCCGGGAGCAGACGCUGGGCCGGGAGCACCCCGCGGUGGCCGCCACCCUCAACAACCUGGCUGUCCUCUACGGGAAGCGUGGGCGUUACCAGGAGGCGGAGCCCCUGUGCCAGCGGGCCCUGGAGAUCCGUGAGAAGGUCCUGGGUGCUAGCCACCCGGACGUGGCCAAGCAGCUCAACAACCUGGCCCUGCUGUGCCAGAACCAGGGCAAGUUCGAGGAGGUGGAGCGGCACUACGCCCGGGCCCUGAGCAUUUACACGGCCCUCGGUGGGCCUCACGACCCCAACGUGGCCAAGACCAAGAACAACCUGGCCUCAGCCUACCUGAAACAGAACAAGUACCAGCAGGCGGAGGAACUGUACAAAGAAAUCCUCAGCAGGGAGGCCCUGCCCGCCCCUCUCGGAGCCCCCAACACAGGCACAGCUGGUGACGCAGAACAGCAGACCCUUCGUCGGAGCAGCUCAUUCUCCAAGCUCCGAGAGUCCAUCCGGCGGGGAAGCGAGAAGCUGGUCUCCCGGCUCCGAGGCGAGGGGGCGGUGGGGGCAGCUGAGAUGAAGAGAGCCGUGUCACUCAACAUGCUGAACGUGGAUGGUACCAGGGCUGCUGGGAACCAGUUCCCCAGCCGGCACCUGAGCGAGGCCUCUCGGACCCUCAGCGCCAGCACCCAGGACCUGGGCCCCCGCUGA